CCAGCACCUCCUGAGUGCCCUCCCUUCUCCCACUGCCUUUAAAAACUGAGUGAUGGAACAGAAUGACAUUUAAAAGUAAAUAGAUAAAUAAAUUAAUUCAAUUAAUAAGGUAAAAAAAGUCAGGAAAAUCAGUUAAAAUAAAAUAAAUAAAGAGUAAGAAAUCAAAGAGUGAAUAAAAUAAGAAAUAAAUAUAAUGAAAAUAUAAAAUUAAAUAAAAAUAUAUUAUAUAUAUUAUAUAUAUUAUAUAUAUACAGCAAUAAAUUACUGUAAGAUAAAAGGAAAGCCAAACAAAAAUAUAAAUAAAUAAAUAAAUGCAUUACAACUUUAAAAUAAAAUUAAUAAUAGAAUGAAAUAAGACUGAAAUAAAAUAGUUAAAUAAAAUGUAAUGAAAUAAUACAUACAUAGAACAUAAAAAUGAAAGCAAAAUUUGAUUAAAUAAAUAGAAUGAAUGUAAAUUUAAAAAUAACAAUAAAAUUAAAUUAAAUAAAUGAGGCAGGACAAAAUAAAAGGAAAACAGGAGUAAAAUUAAGUCAAAAAACAAAAAAAUAAUUAAGAACAAGUUUUUAAAAAUAAAAUGAAACUUAAAAUAAAAUAAAAAAUAAGAUGAAAUAAAACAAGAUAAAAUAAAAUGAAAUAAAAUGAAAUGUAAUGAAAUAAUAUAAAAUAAAAUAAAUAAAAUAUAAGAUAAAAUAAAAUAAAUAUAAGAUAAAUAAAAUACAAUAAAUAAAAUAUAAAAUAAAAUAAAAUAAAAUAAAAUAAAAUAAAAUAAAAUAAAAUAAAUAAGAUGAAAUGAAAUGAAAUAAAACAAAACAAAUAGGCUGCAUCAAGCCCUGCCGGGGCAGCGCCGCUCCGCUCCCUCCCUGCAGCCGAGCAGGUGCCGGGGCCGCCUCUGGCUGCGGCCGGGGCGGGGGCCGGGGGGCGGGCGGGGCGUUUAUAGCUCGAUAACGCCCCGCACAAGUUGCAAACGCCGGCGAGCGGCGGCGGGCACGGGCGAGGACGAAGCUCGGCUCGGAGCCGGGGCCGCCCCGCAGCGCCCGCCAUGGGCAACGCGGCCGGGGGGCUGGAGGGGGGCGCGGCCCCGCGGGAGCCCCGCGACCACCGCCCGCAGCCCGGGCCGCCCCCCGCCACCGCCGCGGCCCCGCCGACCCCCCGGCAGCCCAUGCCCGGGGCCGCCGAGCUGGAGGAGAGAUUCGGCCGCGUCCUGAAUUCCAUGAACCUGCCCCCGGAUAAGAUGAAGCUGCUUAACCAGUAUGACAACGAGAAGAAGUGGGAGCUGAUCUGUGACCAGGAGCGUUUCCAGGUGAAGAACCCUCCAUCCGCCUACAUCCAGAAGCUAAAGAGCUACUUGGACACGGGUGGUGUCAGCAGGAAGUUCAAGAGGCGAGUGCAGGAGUCGACGCAGGUGCUCCGAGAGCUGGAGAUUUCCCUGAGGACCAACUACAUCGGCUGGGUCCAGGAGUUCCUCAGCGAGGAGAACAAAGGGCUGGAUGUGCUGCUGGAGUACCUCGCCUUUGCCCAGUGCUCUGUCGCGUAUGACAUGGAGAGCACAGAGAACAGCCCCGGCUCUGACAAGGGCAAGGAUCGGUCACUGGAGGACCUGAACAAAAGUACCUCCUCGUCCCCCCCGCAGGGCUCCUCCAAAACGCGGCCUCUCACUGUAAGGCUGAACCCCUCGCACAGCAGGAAGACGCUGCGCAACUCGCGGCUCGUCAGCCAGAAGGACGAUGUCCACGUGUGCAUCAUGUGCCUCCGCGCCAUCAUGAACUACCAGUCUGGCUUUAGCCUGGUGAUGAACCACCCAGCCUGUGUCAACGAGAUCACCCUGAGCCUCAACAACAAGAACGCCAGGACCAAGGCUCUGGUGCUGGAGCUGCUGGCCGCUGUCUGCCUGGUCCGAGGUGGCCACGACAUCAUCCUGGCUGCCUUUGACAACUUCAAGGAGGUCUGCGGAGAGAAGAACCGCUUCGAGAAGCUGAUGGAGUAUUUCCGAAAUGAGGACACCAAUAUUGACUUCAUGGUGGCCUGCAUGCAGUUCAUCAACAUCGUGGUGCACUCUGUGGAGAACAUGAACUUCCGUGUGUUCCUGCAGUAUGAGUUCACCCACCUGGGGCUGGACCAGUACCUGGAGACUCUGCGCCUCACUGAGAGCGACAAGCUGCAGGUGCAGAUCCAAGCCUACCUGGACAACGUCUUCGACGUGGGGGCCAUGCUGGAGGACUCAGAGACCAAGACGGCAGUGCUGGAGCACAUGGAGGAGCUGCAGGAGCACGUCAGCCAGUUGACAGAGAAGCUGAAGGAUGCAGAGAACGACUCCAUGGCCAAGAUAGCGGAGUUGGAGAAGCAGCUGAGCCAGGCACGGCGGGAGUUGGAGGCGCUGCGGGAGCAGCUGAGCCCCCCCCGGCCACCCAGCCCGCCGUCCCCGCAGCCCCAGGAGUGCUACCGGCUGGCACUGGAGCGGCGGCUGGUGGAGCUCGAGGAGAAGGGGCUGGUGCAGAUCCUGCGUGGGCCUGACGGAGACGUCGCCAUCGAAAUUGUCCCUGUUGUCAUAGAAACCCCCGCAGCCCCCGUGGUUUCUGGAGAGGCCACCACCACCACUGAUACCACCAUCACUUGCACAGAUGCUCCGGCUCUGGCUCCAGCCCCACCUCCCCCACCAGCAUCUGCUGUCCCCCCGCCUCCACCCCCUCCACCCCCCCCACCUCUGCCAGGGGCUGAGCCCAUCCCUCCCCCACCCCCUGCACCCCCUCUGCCUGCAGGCACCACUCCUCCCCCAGCUCCCCCCCUCCCGGGUGCCCCAGUGCCACCACCCCCCCCACCACUCCCGGGGGGGCCAGAGGGCUCCGUGCCCCCCCCUCCACCACCCCCACCCCUCGGUGGGGAGCCCCCAGCCGGGCCAGGUGCACCCCCUACUGCCAACAGUUCAGUGAAGGUGAAGAAGCCGAUCCAGACCAAGUUCCGCAUGCCCGUCUUCAACUGGGUGGCCCUGAAGCCGAGCCAGAUCGACGGCACCGUCUUCACCGAGCUCAACGAUGAGAAGGUGCUGCAGGAGCUGGACAUGAGUGACUUUGAGGAGCAGUUCAAGACCAAGGCGCAGGGCCCCGCCCUGGACAUCAGCGCCCUCAAGGCCAAGGCCACGCACAAGGCCCCCAGCAAGGUGACCCUCAUGGAGUCCAACCGGGCCAAGAACUUGGCCAUCACCCUGCGCAAGGGCGGCCGCAGCGUCCAGGACAUCUGCACGGCCAUCGAGACGUACGACCAGCAAGCCUUGAGUCUCGACUUCCUGGAGCUGCUGCUGCGCUUCCUGCCCACCGAGUACGAGCGGACUCUGAUCGGGAAGUUCGAGCGGGACCAGCAGCCGCCAGAGGAGCUCUCGGACGAGGACCAGUUCAUGAUCCACUUCAGCAAGAUCCCCCGCCUGGCCGAGCGCAUGAACGUCAUGAUCUUCCUGGGCAGCUUCGGCGACACGGCGCAGCUGCUCAUGCCGCAACUCAACGCCAUCAUCGCCGCCUCCAUGUCCCUCAAGUCUUCCAGCAAACUCCGUCACAUCCUCGAGAUUGUCCUGGCCUUUGGGAACUACAUGAACAGCAGCAAGCGUGGAGCUGCCUAUGGCUUCCGGCUGCAGAGCCUUGAUGCGCUCCUGGAGAUGAAGUCAACAGACCGCAAGCAGACGCUGCUGCAUUACCUGGUGCGGGUGAUCAUGGAGAAGUACCCGGAGCUCACUGGCUUCCACACCGAGCUGCACUUCCUCGACAAGGCAGGCACAGUGUCCCUGGAUGGUGUCCUGCAAGACGUGCGGAGCCUGCAGCAGGGCAUGGAGCUGACCCGCAGGGAGUUCAUGAGACAGGACGACAGCCCCGUGCUCAAGGACUUCCUCAAGGUCAACUCAGAGGUGAUGGAGAAGCUGCAGGCUGACAGCAAAACUGCCAAGGAAGCGUAUGAGUCAGCUGUGGAGUACUUCGGGGAGAACCCCAAGACCAGUCCCCCCACCACCUUCUUCCCCAUGUUCAUGCGCUUCAUCAAAGCCUACAAGCAAGCAGAGCAGGACAUCGAGCUGUGGAAGAAACAAGAGGCUGCAGCCAAAGAGGUGGAAUCCUGCUCCCCUGUCAGUGAGCAGCAGCCCGAGGUGAAGCUUCCUGUCCAGAAGGCCAGGAGGCAGCAGAUGGACAUGAUUGCUGAGCUGAAGAAAAGGCAGAUGGUGAAAGAGCCACUUAUCUAUGAAGGCAAAGAUGGGGCCAUUGAGGAUAUAAUUUCAGAUCUGCGGAACAAACCGUACCGGCGGGGAGACAAGGCCCGCGGCAGUGCCAAGAAAAGGGCGGCGGGGCAGAGCCUGCAGGCGACGCCGGACAUCGCGCUGUGACCGGCGCCGUCCCUGCAGCUCCAGCACCGGGGCACGACCAUCCUCCCGGCGCAGAUGGGACCGCAGGAUGUCAGUCCCUCAGCCCGGGGCUCGGCGUGGUGGAGGGACAGUGCCCGCUCCGAGCUGCUCCAGCCGCUUAAUGUGCCAGCUCCGUCUUGCCUGCCUGGGGCAGGGCACGGGCACCCCCGGCGCUAGCUUGGCCACGUCCUUGAGCUCCUCUCCCCAGGCUGGCAGGGCUGGGGGACCCUCCUGGCUACGGACAGGAGGGGGAAGCACAGAAUGGGCCCCAGCUUGUUCUGGAAGGAAAAGAGGGGCUGCCCCAUCCCUACCCCGGCGCUGCUCCGUCGCACACUGGCCGCGAGGCCAGCCCUGCGCUCUGGUGUGUGCCACCCCUGAGCUUGCUGGUGCCUUUGAUUGCCGCUGCGGGAGGGGAGGAGGUGUCAGCCAGGGACACGGCGCUCCCCGCACAUCCCCUCUCCCUUCCCCGGCCCCGCAGAGCCCCCCAGACCCGCGUCCUCCUGCGCUGCAGAGCCAGCGAGGAGCUGCUGCAAAGCUCCCACCCCGGGCACCUCCCGGAGCCAGGGGCUGGCAGCGGUGCUAUUUUACAUGAUUUUAUAGGUCUUCCUUCAAAUUUCUCUGUGCUGCGGCAGCAGGGACUGGAACGCCCCCACACAGGGUGUCCCCAAGGCUGUGGCAAUCAGCAGCAGGGACAAAUUUCUGCGAGGUGGUGGCACCUCCGCCCACCCGCAUCCGCAGCAUCCACCUGCGCUGUCGGGGCUAGAGCCCCUGGGACAAACCGGGACUGACAGCCCGUUUUGUGGGGUGGGACACGCAGGAGAUGCCGGCAGCCCACAGCCCCGCAGCACCCGCGAUCCCAAGGCUGCGGGGUCCCUGCAGAGCCGCACGAGCCUCUCGGUACCGCACCGGACCCGACCGUCGCUCCCCGCCCUGCCCCGCUGCUGCUGAGUAACCCCGACCCCGCCGUGCCGCGAUUAAACCUCGGUGCAUUUACUUCAUCGAACGGCCCCCGCUCGUCGCGAUGAGAGGACGCUCCUCCCUCUUCUCCCGUCCUUUCUCGCUCGUCACAGCUUUAGCCAGAGCAGCCGCUGCUUCCUGCUGUAUUUAAGCUGCUUCAGCGCCGGCUCCGUGUCCGGGGAGGGAUGGGAAAUGAAUGUGUAACUUAUAAAUGCCUUUAAGCCAGAAAUGUAAACCAUUAACUGCUCAUUUGUAUACAUUAUUUUUAUAUACUGAAGGCCUGUUUAAUCUAAAGCAGAACUGGUAAUAAAAUAU